AUGGAGUCCAGCGACCCAACAAUAAUUGAUCUUAAAUCUUCAUUCCUACGAGCACAAAUCUUCGCACUCUCUCAACCUCUUCAACCAUCUCAAGAAUGGCAAGAUUCGAUAUCGGAGGAAGAGAAUACUUUACGACAACGCGCAAUUGAUGAAGCAUUAUUCAAGCUCAAUACUAUCCUGAAACAACAUAACAAGAUCAGCUACCCUCCGCAGGCACAGCGACAUGUUGCUGAACAGAUCGAUCAAUUAUACUGGGCUGCAGGGGAGAGAGAUGUUAAUGUGAAUGGAGAGGAGUGGAGCGAAAAGGGCGCUGACUAUCGCUUGUCAUCUAACAUUGAAAAAUUACCAGAGGAGUGGAGCGAAGAAGCAGAAACGAAAGCACCUAAGCAAGCUGCGAAAUACAAAGAGCUUCAAAAUAAACUUUCGGGACUAAAUGAGAAGCGAAAAGCCGCAAAGGAGAAACUUGAACAAUGUAAAGCUGCCAAGAAAUUACUAGAACCUUUUGAUCAAGCGGAUAAGAAUAUACAAGAAAAUAUUGUUACCAAGAACGGGGAAAUCGAGAAAGAAUUAGAGAGGAUGAGGAUGUUGAUGUUGAGAGUUGAAAGGGGUAUCGUAGGGCUAGAGGGGAAAGAUAGGGAGGAUCAUAUGGAUGUUGACUUGGAAGAGGAUGAUAGGGAGAAGCUUAGGUUCUUAGGAAUUACAUAA